AUGAGAUUUCCUCAUUCCAAUAAGGCUGGGCACUUCUCUCCAGUGAAUUUUGACUAUGGCCCUCCACUACUUGAUCCCGCUGGACAUCGACUCAAUCGACGGCCAAUAACGGAAAAGAACACCUUCAACGACGUUCCUUUAUUAACUGAUCCUGCCAGUCCUAUUCGACCCCCUCAGCACAGAUACAAGAAAUAUAAUUCCAGCUAUUCACCUCCCACAUCUGAUUCUUCCGCCAUAGAUACACCUCUUCGAACAAGAGAACUUCUCCCGACAAGUUGCUUCGAACUAGCUCCCGAUCAAACAGUUGUUUCGCCAUUGCCUGAUACCGUCAGAGCUCAACAUCAUGGGCAAAAUGAGCAAUCUAACUCCAAAAAUACUGGGCACUCUGUUAAUUGGCGGGUAAAAGGGGUUGGAAUUCCAGAGAGUCUGGAUUAUACCCCAGGGGCUAAAAUUAUCGUUACCACUGUAUCUAGCUCUGUCUUAAAACUUACUGCAAAAGGUACUGGUUGUCAACGUUCUAAAUCCCAUCACGUCAGGUUUCAACCUUAUUCGCAAGCAGGAAGAAGAAAUGCUGAGGAUAAAGAAGAGAUGGACAUCGAUAUUCCAGAACACAGUCCUACAUCAAUUUCUAGCCAUAUGCAUCCAACAGAACAUGAAACCUCAAACGACCAACGCAGAGAAAGUGCCAGGGACGCUUUCACAACACCUAGUAAUCCCUUUCCAGAGGAUUCACCAUUACCGUCUUCCACAUCAAAUACCGGAGGGCCACGAACCUUUUCCCAAUCAGCAGGGACUACAACUACGAGUUCUCGAAGACCAGCUCAGAGCGCAACGGGGAAGUUAUGGAAGGCUAUGUAUGGGAAAGAUACGGUUAAUUUGCAGAAGGAUUUGGUGAUGUUGAAAAGUAAUGGUGUUGAAGAUAUAGAUUUGAGAAAACUUUUUAUAACAGUGGAAGAGCGAUGA